AUGGCGGGGCGCCUCGCCCUGCCGGCGGCCGGCCUCCUGGCGGCGCUGCGCUGCGGGCGCGCCGGGGGCUCGGGCGCGUCGGGGCCCCGCGCGGGCGAGGCCCUGGUCGAGGCCUCCGCGCUGGAGUGCAGCGAGGUGGACUGGAAGGGCCUGCCCGCGGUGGAGCUGUCCGACCGGGGCGGCCAGGACUUCGCGAGGGUGCUGCCCUCCAUCGGGGGCACCGUCGGCAGCCUGACGCUCGCGGGCGCGGAGGUGCUGCUGCCGCUGGGCUCCGCCGAGGAGGCGCUGGAGAACCACAUUCGGUACCACAAGUCCGGCAUGCUGCUGCCCUGGGCCAACCGGGUGGCGGGCGGGAGGUACAGCUACUUCGGCAAGGAGCUGGCGCUGGACAUCAACGACGCGGCCCACGACGCGGCCAUCCAUGGGCUCCUGGAGGGCCACGGGAUGCAGGUGGCGUCCUGCAGCGGGUCCUCGGCAAGCCUUGUGUACACGUUCACCGGGGAGGAGGCUCCCAACGGAGGAUAUCCUUUCCCUGGCCUGAGCGUGCGGCUGGACUACAAGCUUGAAGGGGGGAAGUUCGUGCUGAGCGUGCACGCUUCUGUGCCUCUGCAGGCUCAGGGCCCCGUGCCGUUCAACUUUGGCUGGCACUCCUACUUCAAGGUGAGCGACGUGUCCCAGACGCGGCUGGAGUUCGACCGCCGAGGUGGUCGGCAGUGGAGGCAGCUGGUCACAGACGCCAACCUCAUCCCCACAGGGCCCACGGAGCUCUUCGAGGGCUUCAACGGCUCGGACGUGAUCGGUGGCACGCCGAGCCGGCCCACGUACUGGGACAACGGGUUCGUCAGCGUCGACCCCUCGGCCGACACCUCCCCUAAGGACUUGGAGGUGCGCGUGAGGGGCCCCGGCAACGCUCCCGCCGCGGUGAUCGGUGGCGACGCCGGCGUGUUCCGCUUCGUGCAGGUCUUCUCAGGGAGCGAGAAGGUGUUCAACGAGUCGGCAGUGGCCGUGGAGCUCAUGACGUGCGCCACCAACGCCUACAACACCGGCGACUGCUCGGCCGCCAGCAUGUACAUACAGCCGGGCGGCUCGUGGGCCGCGGAGAUCAACGUCGCGCUGGAGGCCUCCCAGGACGAGCUGUGA